GACGAAAUCACAAAUGAAAGAUAAAUAAAUCGGCCAUUUGCAUUUUGCAUACGCGCCUUGGAGAGUGCGGUGCGUGUUGUCCGGUGUCAAUUUUUCAUGUUUUAAAUUAACAAUGGCACGAUCCAAAAUGUUUUAAUAAUAUUAAAUUCAGUUGUACUUUGUGUAAAAAUUGAAAAUGUCCACUCAGCCUCACAGCCGUAAGCGGGUGUGCUACUACUACGAUAGUGACAUUGGAAACUAUUACUAUGGGCAGGGACACCCGAUGAAACCGCACAGGAUAAGGAUGACCCAUAAUUUGUUGCUCAACUAUGGGCUUUAUAGAAAAAUGGAGAUUUAUCGUCCUCACAAAGCCACAGCUGAAGAAAUGACAAAAUUCCACUCAGACGACUAUAUCCGCUUCCUGAGAUCCAUCAGACCUGACAAUAUGGCCGAGUACAACAAGCAAAUGCAAAGAUUCAAUGUAGGAGAGGAUUGUCCAGUGUUUGAUGGUCUUUAUGAGUUUUGCCAGUUAUCAGCAGGAGGUUCUGUCGCCGCUGCAGUAAAGCUCAACAAACAAGCGUCAGAAAUUUGCAUCAACUGGGGAGGGGGUUUGCAUCACGCCAAAAAAUCUGAAGCUUCUGGCUUUUGUUAUGUCAAUGACAUUGUCCUAGGAAUUUUGGAACUAUUGAAAUACCACCAAAGAGUUUUAUACAUUGAUAUUGAUGUGCACCACGGAGAUGGUGUAGAAGAGGCUUUUUAUACAACUGAUAGGGUUAUGACUGUUUCUUUCCAUAAGUAUGGCGAAUAUUUCCCAGGAACUGGAGAUCUUAGAGAUAUUGGAGCUGGAAAGGGGAAAUAUUAUGCUGUUAAUAUUCCACUUCGUGACGGUAUGGAUGAUGAUGCCUAUGAAAGUAUUUUCGUGCCAAUCAUUAGCAAGGUUAUGGAGACUUUUCAACCAAGUGCUGUGGUUUUGCAAUGCGGAGCAGAUUCUCUAACAGGUGACAGAUUGGGCUGUUUCAACCUAACAGUAAAAGGCCACGGCAAGUGCGUAGAAUUUGUCAAAAAAUACAAUCUUCCCUUCAUGAUGGUCGGGGGCGGUGGUUACACUAUCAGAAAUGUAUCCAGGGCCUGGACCUACGAAACUUCUGUGGCUCUGGGAGUUGAAAUAGCCAACGAGCUACCCUACAACGACUACUUUGAGUAUUUUGGGCCAGAUUUCAAGUUGCACAUCAGCCCUAGCAAUAUGGCCAACCAAAACACUCCGGAGUAUUUGGAAAAAAUUAAAACGAGACUGUUUGAGAAUCUUCGGAUGCUGCCUCACGCUCCUGGGGUACAAGUUCAGGCCAUUCCAGAGGACGCUAUAAACGAAGAGAGUGAUAAUGAAGAUAAGGUUGACAAGGAUGAGAGAUUGCCUCAAAAAGAUUUGGAUAAGAGAAUUGUUCCAGAAAAUGAGUUUUCGGAUAGUGAAGAUGAAGGUGAGGGUGGCAGAAGGGAUAAUAGGAGUUAUAAGGGCAGAAAACGACCGCGGUUGGAUAAGACUAAUGAAACCAAGGAAGCUGAAGAAAAACCUAAAGAGGAUCCUAAAUCUGAAAAAAGUGAGGAAAGUAAGGCAAGUUCGGAUGAUACAACCACAGACACUGGUUAAAAACAAUCAGCUGGACUUUUAGGUUAUAUUAAGUGUUUUUUUGUGAAUGUGUUUGUCUCGAGAUCAAAUUUUGAUUUUUUUUCAUGAAUAAUUCAAUAUGACUGUUUUCUGAAUGACUUAAUUUGGGCGCAGACUUAUAGGGAGAGGAUGUUUAAAUGUGACUGUUAUCCAGAAAAUUAUGUUUAGUGUUAAAGUAAUUUCAAUUUCUGAUAACAAAUAUGUGCACUUUGAAGCAUAUCAAUAUUUGAGUUCAUGAGAUAAUAUUUGAGAUUAGCAGUUUUUGCCCAGGAGGGGUUUGCUUUAUCCUGUAAUGAAAUUAGAAACCUUUCUGACAAUUGUCAUGAAUUUCAACAAAAUCUUGUUUUCUGGAAUCGAAAUAAUACUUUAUGUUUAUGAUGCUCCAUAUGUAAGUUAGUGUUCAAAUAGCCAAUUUUAUUUAAUUUUUUGUAUUCAAUAAACCCAAUUUAUAUUUAUUGGA